AUGGUUAAAAAUAAAAAGCCACUCAGACAGCGACAGUACCCCACGCUCCCCUGCGAGGGAAGUGAACGAUCAUCGUGGGCUGAUGAACUCUCAAACACCAUUUGCCCAAUUGGCAAGCAGCAGCGCAAUUCUGAAGCAAGUGGUUCGGCUCUAACCAAACAUGGCUCGAAUCUGCAUUUAGCCGUCGCGUCGCAUCAGUCUGUUAUUGACAGCAAGCAGGUGGUCUGCGUGUUAUCCGUGGCUGUGGCCGUUGUAUCCGGGUAUGCCUACUCUUCCCAGUACAUUCACCGUCACGAUGGCCACCAUGAGCCCGUGUACCAUGGAUACGGUGGCUACGGAUAUGGACAUGACCAUCAUGAUUACUACACUUACCCAAAGUAUGAGUUCGGGUAUGAGGUAGAGGACGCCCACACUGGAGACUUCAAGUCGCAGCAUGAGUACCGCGAUGGUGAUGUGGUGAAGGGACAUUACUCCUUGCACCAACCUGAUGGUUCCGUCAGACAUGUUGACUAUCAUGGCGAUGACCACAGCGGUUUCCACGCGGAUGUGAAACACAGCACCCACCACAUUGUACCUCAUCAUUACCACUACUGAAGUUUGUCCAGAAUGAUGAACGACUUUCAAGGAAAUCUGACGGCAUAGUACAGGCUCAAGA